UACAUAAAGCGUUGUAUUGGUCAGUGCAGCUGGUGUAUUAAUGAGCUUGGACAGAGCUAAAACCGCUGCGCAUCACUCGCAUCAACCGGCGCAGCUUUUUGAGGCGGAAUUGCGCAGGUUUCAAAGGGGUGUGCUGCGGCUUGCAGGCGGAAGGACACAAAAGCCCAUGAAAAACCCCCCCACAGAACCGGGACAGUGCGGCUUCUUAGUCUUUGCCGGCUUUACCUCACCUCAAGAGCAGCGCACAAGACCGGCAUCCUGAAGAACCGGCACUGCCCUGCUCUCUGAUUUCCCCCCCAACACACAUUUAGUAAUUUCUUUAAUUCGCUUUUAGUCUUGUUCAAGCUUUGUGAACGACUUUAUUUCACAUCCUGGCCAAACUUUGAAAACUAAACCGCGGUGAGGCUCCUCAACUCAUACACUAGAGCACUUGUUUACCUCUCUGUAUACUCUUUUAUAAAAAGAAAAGAAAAAACAACAACAACAACAACAACAACAAGAAGAAAAAAGUCAAAAUUUCCCCUCUCAUACAUUCUAAAGGGCUGACAUCUCCUUACUGUACCAGCUGAAGACAGCCGACUGACUGCGCAACCAUGGGGUAUGGGCGAUCAGACAGCUACCGCGUGGCUACCACGCAGGACAAAGACAAUAAGGGCUCCAAUAAGAAGAAAAAUGCGGCAAAAGAUCUGGAUGAACUGAAGAAAGAAGUGCCUCUGACAGAACACAAGAUGUCAGUGGAAGAAGUAUGCCGGAAAUUCCAGACAGACAUAGUACAGGGUCUGACUAAUGCCAAGGCGGCUGAAUUUCUGAUUCGGGACGGUCCAAACGCUCUCACGCCUCCCCCAACCACGCCCGAGUGGGUGAAGUUCUGCAGGCAACUCUUCGGAGGCUUCUCCAUCCUGCUGUGGACCGGCGCCAUCCUCUGCUUCCUGGCCUAUGCCAUCCAGGCUGCCACUGAGGACGACCCAUCUCGGGACAACUUGUAUCUAGGUGUUGUGCUGUCAGCUGUAGUCAUCAUCACCGGCUGCUUCUCCUACUUCCAGGAGGCCAAGAGCUCCAAGAUUAUGGAGUCUUUCAAGAACAUGGUGCCCCAGCAAGCGUUGGUGAUCCGUGAAGGAGAGAAGAUGCAGAUUAACGCGGAGGAGGUUGUGGCUGGAGAUCUUGUAGAGGUGAAAGGAGGUGAUAGAAUUCCUGCUGACCUCAGAAUAACAUCCUCCCAUGGCUGCAAGGUGGAUAACUCCUCUCUAACUGGGGAAUCAGAGCCACAGACGCGAUCGCCCGACUGCACUCAUGACAAUCCUCUGGAAACCCGCAACAUCGCUUUCUUCUCCACUAACUGCGUAGAGGGCACUGCCCGUGGCAUCGUCGUAUGCACCGGUGAUCGUACAGUGAUGGGCCGCAUCGCCACUCUGACCUCAGGGCUGGAAACGGGGAAGACCCCCAUUGCCAAGGAGAUUGAGCACUUCAUUCACAUCAUCACAGGUGUGGCCGUCUUCCUGGGACUCAGUUUCUUCAUCCUGUCCAUCAUCUUGGGCUACAGCUGGCUGGAGGCUGUCAUCUUCCUCAUUGGUAUUAUUGUGGCCAAUGUGCCUGAAGGACUGCUGGCUACUGUCACUGUGUGUCUGACCCUGACAGCGAAGCGCAUGGCUCGGAAGAAUUGCCUGGUGAAAAAUCUGGAGGCUGUAGAGACUCUGGGGUCCACAUCUACCAUUUGCUCAGAUAAGACUGGAACCCUGACGCAGAACCGCAUGACUGUGGCCCACAUGUGGUUUGACAACCAGAUCCAUGAGGCCGACACCACUGAGGACCAGUCCGGCGCAGCCUUCGAUAAGACCUCGGUGACAUGGGUGUCCCUGGCUCGUGUUGCGGCACUGUGUAACAGGGCAGUGUUUAAAGCGGCCCAAGACGGUCUACCAAUCCUGAAGAGAGACGUGGCCGGUGACGCCUCCGAGUCUGCCCUGCUGAAGUGCAUCGAGCUCUCCUGCGGGUCUGUCAAACUGAUGAGGGAAAAGAACAAGAAAGUAGCUGAGAUCCCAUUCAACUCUACUAACAAAUAUCAGCUGUCCAUCCAUGAGACUGAGGACCCAAAUGAUAACCGCUAUCUGCUGGUGAUGAAGGGAGCGCCAGAACGCAUCCUGGACCGCUGCUCUACCAUCAUGCUACAGGGCAAGGAGCAACCCAUGGAUGAAGAGAUGAAGGAGGCCUUUCAGAACGCCUAUAUGGAGCUGGGAGGACUGGGAGAGAGAGUGCUGGGCUUCUGCCACCGCUUAAUGCCAGAGGAUCAGUACCCUAAAGGUUUUGCCUUCGACACAGAUGAUGUUAACUUCCAAACAGACAGCCUGUGCUUUGUGGGCCUGAUCUCCAUGAUUGACCCUCCCCGUGCCGCCGUGCCUGACGCAGUGGGCAAGUGCCGUUCAGCUGGUAUCAAGGUCAUCAUGGUGACUGGAGACCACCCCAUCACAGCCAAAGCCAUCGCCAAGGGAGUGGGCAUCAUCUCAGAGGGCACUGAAACAGUGGAGGACAUUGCAGCUCGUCUUAAUAUCCCAGUCAGCCAGGUCAACCCCAGGGAUGCCAAAGCCUGUGUAAUCCAUGGCACAGAACUGAAGGACAUGUCUCAAGAGCAAAUAGAUGAUAUUCUGCGCAACCAUACUGAAAUUGUCUUUGCCAGGACCUCUCCCCAGCAAAAGCUCAUUAUUGUGGAGGGCUGCCAGCGACAGGGAGCUAUUGUAGCUGUAACCGGUGAUGGCGUAAAUGACUCUCCUGCUCUGAAAAAGGCCGAUAUCGGUGUUGCCAUGGGGAUCGCUGGGUCCGAUGUGUCCAAGCAGGCUGCUGACAUGAUCCUGCUGGAUGACAAUUUUGCAUCCAUUGUGACUGGCGUAGAAGAGGGUCGCCUGAUCUUCGACAACCUGAAGAAAUCCAUCGCUUAUACUCUGACCAGCAACAUCCCAGAGAUCACCCCCUUCCUCUUUUUCAUCAUCGUCAACAUCCCAUUACCCCUCGGUACCAUCACAAUUCUCUGCAUCGACCUUGGCACAGACAUGGUUCCUGCCAUCUCUCUGGCCUAUGAGGCAGCUGAGAGUGACAUCAUGAAGAGGCAGCCCAGGAACCCACUGAGGGACAAACUGGUCAACGAGCGUCUCAUUAGCAUUGCUUAUGGACAGAUUGGUAUGAUCCAAGCCUUGGGAGGUUUCUUUGCCUACUUUGUAAUAUUGGCUGAGAACGGUUUCCUUCCCUCUUAUCUGGUGGGCAUCAGGCUCUCCUGGGACGACCGCAGCGUCAACGACCUUGAGGACAGCUAUGGACAGCAGUGGACCUACGAGCAGAGAAAGAUUGUGGAGUUCACAUGCCACACAGCUUUCUUUGUUAGUAUUGUGGUUGUGCAGUGGGCUGAUCUAAUCAUCUGCAAGACCAGGCGUAACUCUGUGUUCCAACAGGGCAUGAAGAAUAAGAUUCUGAUCUUCGGUCUGUUUGAGGAGACAGCUCUAGCUGCAUUUCUAUCCUACUGCCCAGGCAUGGACGUGGCACUCAGGAUGUACCCACUAAAACCUUCCUGGUGGUUCUGUGCAUUCCCGUAUAGUUUCCUAAUCUUCGUGUACGAUGAGAUCCGAAAGCUUCUCCUGCGCCGAAACCCUGGAGGUUGGGUGGAAAGAGAGACAUACUAUUGAUCGACGAAUUCCUUCUUUACUCACACCCCUACAUCUUCCAUUUUUCUUCUACUCCUUAUCCUUCUAUCCCUGUUCAAAACGCACAACCAUUACCCUAUC